AUGAAACCAAAAAGUCAAGGCGUAUUUCACAAUAGCAACCACACUAAAAACGGUGAUGAAGAGAAAACCCCAGAAUUCCAACGUCCAGACACACGAUUUUUACGAAAAGAGAACUCGCGCAAGCAUUUGCACGAAAGUAUAUCAAGCGUAUUUGGUGCGCUCGAGCAAAGGAACCAAAGUACUUUUGAAACCAAAGAUGUUCCUAUUAAUGAGGAACAAAUCCAAACCAACAUCCUUGAUUCCUACAUCUUUAUUGACAGUUCUACAGACCUUCCCCAACGCCGUAAGGAAGACGUUAGCGAUGAUGAUACCUGUCCAAAUCUAACGCUUAAAACACGUGUUGUUCCACCGCCACAAUCUCAGAGCGAGAUUGUGAUUAAUGACGAGUUUUGUGAUAAAUUUAUACCAAAAGAUUCAGACGAAGCCAAAACGCCCGUUUUUAGUCAAUUUGCGCCAUCAGUUCAAUCUCAAGAUUUUGCAACUGAGGAGAUUGAAAGUCAUGACUUUUAUCCACAAACCCCCCUCAGUCAAUCUGUACAAUCUCAAAGGUUAGUCUCAUGCAUCAAACCACACUUUUCGAAAGAGAAAACAGAAAGCGUCAUCAAGGAGAAAAUAAACUUUGAAGAAAUGGUUGAGGUAUACUCAGGAAAACGCAAGACGGAAAAAACUGAAAUAAAUAAAAUGACAAGCGAGAUUGACAAUGACAAAACGAGUUAUCAGAUAAGGCUACUUUUAACAUACAAAAAUAUACUGAAGAAACAACCAACAAUACAAGACGAGAGUAUAAUGGGAAUGGAGGUUGAGGGGAGCGAUGUCUCAUCCAUUGUGGUUGAAAACAAACAGUGA